ACGAUCAUCUCCACAAUCCUGUUCGCCUUCGCGCUCUGGUAUGUGCAGGCUGCCUUCUCAGCGGAGACCGCAAUUUGGACGAGGCAGGCCUUGAACCGAGUCUUCAAAAUCGACGUUGGUUCGACCCUCGCUGUUCUAAGGAUUACACAAGGAAUCCUGUCAACGUGUACAACUAUCGGAUUGAUGCGGGCACUGGAGAUGUUGCAGUGGGGACUAGCCGGAAGGCACCACGGGUUGGAAGGAAGCACCUUUCUCGGGCUAUCUCCAACAACCCAUCUCCUUGGGGUCUUUCGUAUCUCCAUCUCUAGAAUAUCAAAAUGGCCUGCGCGAGCUUGGGGCCUUGGUCGUAUUAUUCUAGUCACCGCAAUCUGGGUUGCAGGUGUAGUCCUUUUCAUCAAGGCGACCGUGGUCACUGCAUACGACCCAGUGUUUACUUACAAAGUGACCGCUGGCGUAGGACAAUUCAACGGUUCCUAUGUCUCUCGCUAUUUGGAUAUGCUAAAGAACGUCACAGCCGAAUAUCCCUAUCAGAUUGUUCCAUACUCUGUCCUUCAGGGUGUCUCCUCUUUGGUUGGCAAUUCGAUGCAUGUGAUUAAUGCUCCCAAGAUCGAUUGCCCCGAAUGCGAUUCUUACCUCUUGACCGGAGGAGUUAUCAUGACAACACCGUGGUACCCUACGGGAUACAGUUCAUACCCCCUCGUCAACAUUGAUAAAGUGCCAGCAAGCCAGAUCCAGUUCAGACGUGGAAUGAAUAGCACAGACAGUUUCCAGGAUGAAGACUGCGACAUAUAUGGGUCUAAGAGUUUCCUUAUUGGAAUCAAAGUUUGCGUAUCGAAGAGCAAAUCUUAUCCCGGAUCUAUUGUAGCUGGUGUGUUUGUUUGCGCGAAUGGAACCGAUAAUGGCGAAUGUGAACGGCAUGUAGACCGACCAAACAUCACAACGACAAUGUCGGUCUAUCAACGCACCGCUGGUGUGGUAGCAUCUCGCGCCAACUUCAGUAUCAUGAGCAUUACCGACAUCGGACCAGCCGAGCAAAAUCUCGGCAUUGACAUCCCUACCUUUAGGAAGAGUCUUGCCUGGUUCCUCGACUUCAAUGCGUCAGCUACACCGCCGCCUUCAUCAAUCGCAGAAAAGUUCUGGAACUCGCAAGAGCAAAUUAGCAAUCCUUACUGGUCCGGCGAGUUAACUCGCUUGUUACAAAGUAUGCUAGCGUAUCCUCUCUAUUUCUUCCAACCCAACAACUAUGGGAACCUCGAUCUAAAAAUGACGGACAUGAUCGAUGAUUUGCCAGCAGAGUUCUAUACCAAGGCUCAAAUUACACGACCCUAUGCUAGAAUGCUCAUUCACCGAGGAAUGUUCAUUGCUUUCAUUGCCCUACAGAGCGUGGCUCUGAUAUUCAUCUGGGUGGUGUUAAUCUGGGUGUGGGUGACAAAACCCUCCCUGCCACAGCUCUCGUCGUAUCCUCUGGUGGACUUUGCUUUCAAGUCAAAA